CAACUUCUGAAAUGCUUGAACUACAGAUUUUGCUGUUCUCUUUUGUGGCGGUAAUUGUCGUUAAAAGGUUGUGUUGAUUUUAAGAUAGUAUGGAGUAUCAUAGCUUUUUUACCAAGUUCUAUGAAGCUAGACUACUAGUACUUGUAACAGUCAAUAGUUUUUAUAAUUAGUGUUUAUACUUUUAUGUUACAUCACUCAUGAUGACACUCGCAAAAUGCAACCCAUGAAGUUAGGACCUAGAAAGGGCAACUCAAGAAUUAAGUUGUAAAAAAUCUAAGGGAGAAAAGGAUGUGGUUAAAUUGAUAAUCUUGAAAGAUGGAUUAACUAGUAGAAUAGGACCAUUUUAGACGAAAGCAAUGGGAAAUAUCUCAUUUGGGUUUGCGGCCCAUAUAGCAAUUGAGAAUAAGUGGUGCUGUUUAAGAGUUAUUAGGUAGCCAAAAAACCAUUUCCCGGGUAAAACCAAACAGAAAAUAAUGAUCAUCAUUCCCAAGAAAAGAAAAGACAUGAACUUCUAUCCACAAAAAACAACUCAAAUAAUCUUUAAAAAUUGUUAGAGAAAUUGUAGUCAUAAUAGUUAUGGCUGAUUCUUUAUGCAAGUUCUUGGAUGUUCGGUGCAUAACAGGUUCUCAAUGCUUUGCCACCUAUUUUUCUGCCCAAAAACCCUUCCUUUUCCCAACUCUUGUCAGAAGAAAAAGAAGAAGAAAAUCACUUCACAUUGCUUUCUGCUCCACACCCAUUUCCCCAAAUCUUGAUGUUGUCUCUACCCAUGAGCAUUCUGAUGGCACUUUACUGUUUCGGUUUGGGGACCCAAGAGAGAUAGCGAAAGAGGAUGAAUUGGAGGAGCCCCUUUUGGAUAGUGAGGAGGAAUUUAGUGUGGUGAAGGUUUUAGAUGGUGAUAAUGAGAGAGAAGUCAUUGUCAAGAAAGUAGAGAGGGAAGCCAGGGGUGAGGCUGUGACUGUGGUCACUGAUGCUGGUGUCUCUGAAUCAGUAGUAAUUGGCAAUGGAAGGAAUGAUUUUGUCGAAGUAGAGACUGGAUUGAGUGAAAAUUUUCUUGGAGAUUCCGCGGAUGAAAUUGGUUCGAUUUCACCUGAAGGAAUUCAAAAUGAAUCUGUAGCUGAAGUCGAUAUUGAGAAUGCAGUACAUGUUGAGGAGAUUUUUGAAAAGAAAGAUGAUAGUGAAGCUUCAGUUCCACCACCACCAGAGAAUUCUAUUACUUCUUUCGAAGUUGAGGAAGAAAUGAUGGGUCAAACAAGUGAUGAAUCAUUUGAAGAAUUGGAUGAUGACAAAUCACUUGUUUUAAGUUCACCUGCAGCAAUGCCUGUUUAUUCUGACUUAGUAAACACUAAGGAAAUUGAAGAAUUUGAGGGAGAAGUUUCAAGUCAAUUGACAGAGAAUGACGGUGACAAGGAUUGCUGUUAUGAUUCAACUCAUUCGGAGGAAAAUGGUGCUGCUUCUGCUGAUAUUGAGGCAGCGCACAAUGAUAUUGAGAUUGUACAACAGAUAGAACAAAUAUCUGAAAAUAUUGGUAUUAUAUUGGAAGGGUCCACGGAGAGUGUUCCAGAAGGAAUUAAUCUGGGGAAUGCCGAAACUGUUGCUGACGAAAUUAGUCCAGAGAAUGCUCCCGAGGGAAUUAAUCUGGGGAAUACUGAAACUGUUGUUGACGAAAUUAGUCCAGACAAUGCUCCGGAGGGAAUUAAUCUGGGGAAUACUGAAACUGUUGUUGACGAAAUUAGUUUAGAGAAUUUUCUCGAUGGAAUUGAUCUGGGGAGUACUGAAACUGUUGUUGACGAAAUUAGUCUAGAGAAUUCUCUCGAUGGAAUUGAUCUGGGGAAUACUGAAACUGUUGUUGACGAAAUUAGUCUAGAGAAUGCUCCUGAUGGACUUGAUCUGGGGAAUACUGAAACUGUUGUUGACAAAAUUAGUCCAGAGAAUGCUCUAGGGGGAAUUAAUCUGGGGAAUGCUGAAACUGUUGUUGAUGAAAUUAGUCCAGAGAAUGUUGAUAUUAGGCAUUUGUCUAUGGAUGCUGAAGACCAGAGUAUCGAAGUCCUUAAUUUUGAAAAUGAUGAUCAAACCGAGCUGAGUAAUUUGUUUUUAGAUACAGAAGAUCAGGCUUCCCGAAAUAGUACCUUCAAGGAUAGUGAUGUGACUGAAGUAAUGCCUGAUUCUCCUAAGCUGGAGGCUGAACCAGUUUUUGAUGAGGAAGUUGAUCACAACCUAAUGUCAGAGUCUAAUGAAAGUGAAAGUCCAUUACCGUCAGAUGAAAAUUUGCCUAGCUUAUCCUUGGAAGAAGAAAGAAAAGAAGAUGUAGAAAACAAUGAGAUCAUGGAAGUGUAUGGUCAUGAAGUGGUUGAGGAUAAAUCUUCAGAAGUCUUAGACAGCAGCAAGGAAGCUACGCCAGCAGCAGCAGAACUAAUUCUGUCUUCUGGUGCUACUUUAUUGCAAUAUCCCUCCAAGGCAUUCGCAGGUGGACAUGAAGCAUAUUUUAUUGCUUGUGGGAAGUGGCUAGGGGUAGCCGAUGCAGUUGGUUCCUGGUCAUUGGAAGGGAGUGAUCCAGGAGUAUAUGCCCAGGAACUCAUGCAAAAUAGUCAAUCCAUUGUUUCUCAGUGCGACAAGGAUUCAAUAAAUGACCCUAAGCAAGUCCUUAAUCUGAGCGUCUCAAAAACAGAUUCCCUUGGAUCUUCAACAGUCUUGAUUGCUCAUUUUGAUGGAAAGGCUCUUCAUGUGGCUAAUAUUGGCGACUCUGGAUUUAUCAUAGUAAGGAAUGGCAAUGUUUAUAGGAAGUCAUCACCCAUGCUUCAUGAAUUCAAUUUGCCCAUACAAAUUGAGAAAGGCGAUGAUCCAUCUCAACUUCUGGAGGAGUACAAGAUAGAGUUAGAUGAGGGGGACAUCAUUGUCACUGCAACGGAUGCACUUUUUGACAACUUAUAUGAUCAAGAAAUAGUAUCAAUCGCCUCAAGGUCACUGGAAGCCGACAAAAGUCCUCAGGAAAUUGCGGAGAUUUUGGCAACAAGAGUGCAACAAGUGGGUAGUUCUGCUUCGGGGAGAAGUCCAUUUGCUGAUGCAGCUCAAGCAGCCGGAUAUGUUGGGUAUACUGGUGGCAAGCGCGAUGAUGUGGCUGUCAUUGUAUCAGUAGUUCAAAAGGUAAUCGUGUCAAAUGACAACUAGUAACAUCGCGGUAUAUACAUACAUAUAUAUACCUAGUUCCACGUAAAUUCUUUAAUGUUUCCCUUCCACUUUGUAAGCAGUUUUUUGAUGUCUCAAAGAAAGUAACUGUAACAUCUAUGUUGAUGGGGUUCAGUAGCUUCAUUGAAAUGUAAAUUUAUGGCAUCUGAUUCCUAUAUCUACACCAUCCAUGGCUGCUCUAGAAUGAUUCUAUGUGUUCUUAACAAGA